CUCACCGUUUUGCAGCGACGUCGACGAAUCGACGUCUCGUCGUCGGCGGCCGAGUGCGGCGGGCGUCACCGGCCGGGGUAGCACAACCACACCGGCCCGAUUGCGGCCGUGCCGAAACGUCGUGCAGUCACACACACGCACCUUGCCGUGGAUUUGGCACCUGUAGAUUAGCAAAAGCUCACAAAGGACAGUUAUUUAAAGGACAGUUACUAGUCGUUGCAUCCAGAAUACUCAGUGAUGGAAGUUACAACGGAGGAGGCACAGGCUGUGCUGCUAGAAGGAAUGGAGGGCGCCCAGUACAUCACCAUACAGAGGGCCGACGGCGAAUCCCUGAGCAAGGGAGUACCGCUGUUGACUCUGAAUGGCGAACUAAUCCCAGAGGGCAUGGUGGUGGACAUGAUCAGCGCUGGCGUUGGCACGGAUUAUGGCACGGGCACACAGUACUACGAGGCGGACGACCUAUUGCCACACGAACUAACAGAGAAUGUGAAUUGUGUGAUGCAGGAGGACCGUAGACUGGCCGCGGCCUUGGUCGCGGUACAGUUGCAUCAACAGCAGAAGCAGCAACUCCACAUCCAGUCGCAGCACGAGGACUCGACUCUACCGGACGUUUCGCAUCUCGAGACCCUGGCGCCGGUAAAUUCGUACUCCAUUCAAGCGGUGCCAGAACCGAACAACGCUCCGUCCGUCUAUCCACCUCUGCAACCCUUCAAAAGGAUCACGCAGAGCGUAAAGCAGGAGUUUAUCAACGUUAAAAGCGAAUAUGACGUUGAGGUUUCCACGGAGAGUAGUGAGGAUGCUGCGUCGGCGUCCGGACCUAAGAGAACUCUACCGCAUAAGAAGAGGAUACCUCGUAAGCUGAAGCAACAGCAGACGAAGAAAAACGCGGCGCGGAAAGACAAUAGCAAAUCGAAUCAAGAGAAUACGGCGAUCGAAUCGGCUAGCGAGGCUCAGACUAACGUCUUCAAGUGUGAAUUGUGUAGUUCCAAGUUUAGCAGUCAGUUGAAGUUCUUUGAACACUUAAAGGUGCAUUAUGAACCGGUAAAACAAGAGACGCGAAUAGCUCAAGCGACAAAUACUAAUAUCUCGAUAUCUGUGCCGGAAACAGUACACAGUUUAGAAAAUACAGUGAUGGAAGAAUUUAGUGAACCUGAAGACCUCAUGGAGGGUAUUCGAAACGUUGUUGAAGAAACUGCUGGCGCGCGUAUUGAUGACGAUACGGAUUCUUCGUUACCUAACACGAACAACGAACCGACUAUAUGGGCCAUCACCGGCGUUACGGAGGAAGUGCAACAGAGGGACCAACAAAUAAGACCACCGGCCGUUAGCGAGGAUAAAAGCCCCAAUGAGAAGGCAAAGACUGACAACAUUCCACAAACGUCCAAAAAAAAGAAAUCAUCGAAAACGCGCAAGUCAAGUGACGAAUUAACGUGUACUCAGUGCAAUCGUUCAUUCCACCAUAAGAAUAGUUUAGUUUACCAUAUGCGAUCUCACAGCGGAGAACGGCCACACCAGUGCGAUGUCUGUAGUAAACGUUUCUUUGCUGCUAGCGCAUUGAAGGUGCACAAAAGACUUCACAGCGGCGAUAAACCGUACAAAUGCGAGGAAUGCGGGCGAAACUUUCGACAAUGGGGCGAUUUAAAGUAUCACUUGACGAGCAUCCAUUCGGAGCACAAACAGUAUCAGUGCGAAUAUUGCGCCAAGGAGUUUGCCCGAAAAUACUCACUAAUCGUGCACAGGCGUAUCCACACUGGCGAGAAGAACUACCGCUGCGAGUACUGUAACAAGACGUUCCGCGCGAGCAGUUACUUGCAAAAUCAUCGUCGCAUACACACUGGCGAAAAGCCGCAUCCGUGCAUGGUGUGUGGCAAGCCAUUCCGAGUGCGAAGUGACAUGAAGAGACAUAUGCAUACGCACUCCCGAACGAAAACGAAUGACAAGCAGUCGUUGAAUAGAAUACUGACAGGAAAAAAUGCGGAAGAGACGGAGGGCGACAAAAAAGCGCAGGCAAAAACGAUUCAGGAUCUUGUGAGAAAUCUGAAACUGGAGGUCGAAGCGACGACGGGCGUUGUGGAGAUUGUCCCUCCGGAUGAUAAUCCGGAGAGCAUUUUGCCGCAUACGGGUGCACAAAACUUGGAAUACACCGUGACAUCUACGGCGGAUACUGUAAAUGCGGACAGAGAUCCUCUUGAAGCGGUUGUGCGAACGACUGAUAUGCAAUAUUUUUUUAUGUAACCUUGAACGUCUUGAAAGAAGAACAAAUAUUUGACUGCACCAAGAUUGAUUGUGGAAUAUUGACACUCAAACGGUCUGUAAAGGUUUACAUGUUGAAAUUACUUUUAAUAAUCAUGAAAUUUAUUUUUAAUCGAAUUGAACAUAUUUGAAGCGAUAAAAUUCUUAUAUGUAUAAUUUUAUAAGUAUUUUAAGAUUUAAAGAUUAAUGUUUAUUCAAAAGCAAAUUGGAGACAAAUAUCAGUUUAAGAUUGAUUUGACAAAUUGCGUUAACACUGCCUAUAAAUAAUACGUAACAAUGAUACUUUCCAGUUUUUAAAAAGAAGCAAAUGAUACGUGUGAGAUCGAAUAGAAAAAGAGAAAACUAGACUGUUUUAAUUUGCAACAGCCCCAAUGAUUAAUGAAGAAAAAAAAUAUAUAUAAAUACAUGUACGCGCAUUAUACUGUAAUUAACACUAACCGUAAUUGUACAUUUUCAAAUCUAGGAUUGUACAAUUGUGUAAUUGUACAUUUAGCGAUUUAUAUAUAUAUAUACAUAUACAUAUUGUGAAUCAACGUUAAAAAAUAUAUUUUUUACUUGAA